AGUGCGCACGCGCCCGUCGCCCACCUCGGAAGCCGGAGACCCAACCUAGCGGGGCGGGGGUGACAGAGAGACACGGGCGCCGUCCUCCCAGCUGCCUAGAGUGGUCGCUAUGGCGAACCGCGUACCGGAAGCGGAAACGGGGUCAGGGCCCGCCUCGCGAGCGGCCAUCUUGGAAGCUGAGGCGGCGGCGGCGCUGCGGCGGGUGCUGUGCGCUCGGUCCCGGCGCGGUGCGGCUCUGCGGCGUGGGCCCUUUUCUUCCGCACCCUGCUCCGGCCUCGACCACGGCGAGCCUGAGCGCGGCGGCGGCCCACCUGCGGCGACGGGGAGAGAUGAGCAGCAGCAGCAGCAAGAGAGCCCCAACGACAGCAACCCAAAGACUGAAGCAGGACUACCUUCGGAUCAAGAAAGACCCGGUGCCUUACAUCUGCGCCGAGCCCCUCCCUUCCAAUAUUCUCGAAUGGCACUAUGUUGUCCGUGGCCCUGAGAUGACCCCUUACGAAGGUGGCUAUUAUCAUGGAAAGCUAAUUUUUCCCAGAGAAUUUCCUUUUAAGCCUCCUAGUAUUUACAUGAUAACUCCCAAUGGAAGGUUUAAGUGCAACACGAGGCUGUGUCUCUCUAUCACGGAUUUCCACCCAGACACGUGGAACCCAGCGUGGUCUGUCUCCACCAUCCUGACCGGGCUCCUGAGCUUCAUGGUGGAGAAGGGCCCCACCCUGGGCAGUAUAGAGACCUCGGACUUCACGAAAAGACAACUGGCUGUACAGAGUCUAGUGUUUAAUUUAAAAGAUAAAGUCUUUUGUGAAUUGUUCCCUGAAGUUGUGGAGGAAAUUAAACAAAAACAGAAAGCACAAGAUGAACUCAGUAGCAGGCCACAGACUCUGCCCUUGCCAGAUGUGGUUCCUGAUGGGGAGAUGCACCAUGGCCAGAAUGGGGUCCAGCUUCUCAAUGGGCAUGCACCGGGGGCCGGGCCCCACCUUGCAGGGCUCCAGCAGGCCAACCGGCACCAUGGACUCCUGGGCGGUGCCCUGGCGAACUUGUUUGUCAUAGUGGGUUUUGCAGCCUUUGCCUACACGGUCAAGUACGUGCUGAGGAGCAUCGCACAGGAAUGAGAGGCACCAGAGCCAGGACCCUGUCGCUGCAGAUGCAAGUGCCAGAGCUCGACACAGGCGGGCUGGACAUGCUGCUGAGCCAGGGCGGGCCCGCCGGACUCCUGGGUUUCUCUUUUUAAAAACCUUAAAAGGAAAGCAAAAACCAAAAUGUGUGAUUUGGAGGAGACAUGAGAUCCUCAGCUCCCUCUGCUCACCUGGUGUGGUGUGUGUCGGGGCCAGUGUCUACGAGGGCCGCUCACGUUUGGUUUUAUAGCUUAUCUCCUGUAUUGUCUUUUGGACCUGUUUAGUAAACCUGUUUUUCAUUUAAUUAGAUUUGGUCACUUAAAAAUAUAAAACUCAAUGCCUAUCAAACACUCUGCGUGUGUUCUUGGCAGAGCUCUGGACUCUUCAGCAGGAAAGGGCUGGAGCUGGGGUAGGGCCUGCAUUGUGGCACCAUCCCAAGUGGUAGAGCCAGUCGGCGGGCCAGCGACAGCAUGGACAGGGACCCAGGAGAGAGGAGAUUUGACUCAUCAUAAAAACAUAUUUAUGGUCAGUUGGAGUGAAUCAAAUUUCUUCUGGAAAGUGCUCCUUCAUUUUUCUGUCCAGGUAGAAGAGUCUGCUUGCUCUGUGGCCACUAGGUGUCACCCUUUACUUGGAGCAGCCUCUGAGAAUGGCAGGCAGCUAGCUUGUGGUCCGCCUAGUUGGACUACCAGCUUCUCUGGGUGCUGU